UAAGGAUAAGGUGAACCUAAUUUUCGGACAAAAAGGGCAAACUAACCGACAGUGACCUUUUGAACCUUUGGGCGUAAACGUGCGCCGUCGUAUGACAGCGCGAGACUUUGAAUGCGGUGACACUGAAGACAGUGCUGCAGUGUGGCGUUAACAAGUGGAAGUUACAGGUAUGUUAAGGUGAACACGUGGAAACACGGUGGGGUCUGUCGUUAAAGUUGAGCUGACGUAAUUGCACAUUGCCGACACUUUGAGCCGGUUUGUCAAAGGUCAAUUCACGGCCGCUAAAAAAUACAACCGAAAACUUAAUUUCAUGCUAACUGCAAACGAACGGCUAACGUUAGCCGUUAGCCAACGCCCACGUUGUGCGUCCAACAUUGCCAAUUUAACGGCAGACGUCUGUGGUUUCCAUGGAGAUAAAAGUCCGAUUAUAAAUCUCCCAACGUUUCAAGCGUCGCAGCAAGAAGACACAUACGCGUCUCCUCUCGUACGACUUGAAUUCAUCAAUGAGCCGCUUGAGAGUCUGAAAUCCCCGCAGGAAGAGUACAUCUGACUCUGGCCUGGUUGGCCAGAUCGUGUUUUGUUCUGCCAGCUUGAAGACGAGCUGCGUUAUUGACAGAAUACAAUGCCGUUGAAUGUCUGCUUUUGCAAAUGAAGUAAAGAAGCAUGUUUAGCGUGUCUAGUAAACGUGACUGUUUGGCCUUGAAUCAACAUAACCUCUACCAAGCAGGGUUUGAUCCAUGGUUACUUUUAUUUGUAUAUAUUUUUAUACAUUAUAUAUUAUUUUACUUGUCUUUCUAUUUCCCAGCCAAUUUAAGGAUGUCAGACAGCGAAUCCAUCAAGAAGAUGUUGCGGUCUGUACUUCAGUCCAGCAAGGCCGGUGUGUCCAUGAGUGCCCUCCAGUCCGAGUACCGGUCACUGUGCGGAGAGAGCAUCCCGCUGAGGGAGCUGGGCCACUCGAAACUGGAGGACUAUCUCAGGAGCAUCUCCUCUGUGGUCCGCCUGGAGUACCACAUGGGUGAGAUAAAAUGCUUUGCCGCAGUGUGUAAGGAGACGGCUCACAUUGCUGAGCUGGUGGCCAAGCAGAAGAGCUCAAAGAAGUCUGGGCGCUCCCAUGUCGUCAACUGCAAAAUGAGAUUCAAACCUUCCAACCCAUACAUGCUCAAUGUGAGGUCAAGGUCCUCUCUCCGCCAACCUUCAGCUAUUGGUGCCCAUAACUGGAAAGCAAACCGUUCUAUGUCUCAUGACGGCUCAAGAGGCUUCAGCGCCUCAGGAGACUACAGGCAGUCAGACCAGAGGUUAAGCUUUAUCACCCCUGUCGAGCACAGACAGCCAGCUCCUCAACCAGCUGUAAAACAGUGUUUCAUGCCUGACAGGAGCGAGAAGAACUUGGCAAACUGUCGGAGGCCCAGAGAAUCCGUCACAGAGAAGCCUCCUGAACGAGUCUCCAGACUCGACAAAUCCCAACAGUCUCGUCUGUAUGACGUGGAGCUCGUGCAGAGUAGAAUAACUCUGCUCCUCAAGAAAUACUGCAGUGGAUUUUGGAUGUCGAAACUAUCCGUGGUCUACAGUGAAAUGUUCAAUGAGAAGCUUCACCCUCAGGUGCUCACUGAUCUGGAAAAGUGGACACACAUCACUAUGGUGGAGAAACCUCCCUCCACCAACCGAGCUGACCGCCUAAUCUACCCUCCUCUGCCUCCUAAACCUAGUAUUGUUCCUCAAAGAAGCACCACCAACAUGCCUCCAACAUCACCCACUGAUUCAAAAACUAUGACCACACCCAUUUCUUCACAUCCCUCAACACAUGACCAACCUUCCACCCCCUCCCUUCCUUUUCCGGUCCCCAAACCUAGAGUUUCCCCCCAAGCCCACUUGGCUAAACCAACCUUCCUUUUUCCUCCGCAACCGGUUGCUGCCUCCUCCAGCAAACCGAUAAAUUCAGUUACACUGCGCAGCCCUGCCCGCAACCCAGCUCUUGCUCCGCACCGUCCCUCCUGUGUUAAUCUUGCCCUCAAUUCUAGUGGUCAAUUUAAACAAAAUCCAAACAUGCCUACCACUGCCCUGAAUCACAACCAAAACACUCUAGCCAACUGGACUUGCCCUGCAUCAACCAACAUUCCGUCAUUGGCUUCCUCCCUCCAACCUGGCUCUGGAAUCUUACCGUUUUUUAAGGUCACCUUCUCCCCUACAUCUGAUUCUGUCCCUUGUCCUCCCUCAACAUCUUCUGCUGUAGUUGUGUCAGCUGAGGUGUGCCAGAGAAUAAAGGAGCUUCUGACCACAUACACUCAGGGUCUCUGGGCCCAUGCUUUGCCCAAACUCUUUAUGGACACAUACAAGACGCCAUUCCCCAAAAAUGUUCUGGAGAACUUGUCCCUUUUGCCGGAUAUAUUCACUGUGGAGUACCCCAUUCCACAUGACAAGAAGAAGGCCAUUCUGUAUAACUCCAAAAGCGCUGACAUGAAAGACACACAACAUCAUGUGGACCAGCCGUGCAGAAGCCAUCCCCUUCCCUCUGGUCUGGAGGUCUUGGGUCCUGUAGUGCCUCCCUGUCUGGUUCUUCCCUCAGAGCAGUACCCCUCUGUUCUGAUUACCAAUGCCAAGAGAAGCAAUGCUGUUACUUUAAGGUAUGUCGGUGAGAACUACUCAAACGCCCAGGAAGUCAUGGAGGGGGCCAUGCACUCUUUCUACAGCCAAAGCGCCACCCACCUUCCUCUUUCUAAACCUGUGGUUGGUCAGCUGGUAGCAGUCAGAGGGGAAGAUGGAGAGGAGCUAGCAAGAGCUCAAGUAAUGGAUGUUAUGGCCCCUAACAAGGUCAAGGUAUACUACGUGGACUAUGGCUUCUCUGUGGAAACCAGUGAGACUAAUCUUCUGGAGCUGCACCAGGACUUCCUCUCUCUGCCUUUCCAGGCUAUAAGUGUUGGACUUGCAGGUCUAGAGGCGUUCAGCUCUUAUCCACCGGUGCUGUCUUCUUUGGACAAGUUGGCAGUCGGAAAGAUCCUGCUGAUGGAGACAUUAGAGUCGUGUCAGCAGAAUGAGACACCCGUUGCAGUGCUGUACGACACUUCGCAGGAUGAUGACAUCAACAUCAACUCCACCUGCCUGAAGGCUCUCCAGGAUGUGACCAUGAGCAACCCUCUGACUAUCAAUGCUACCUAUCAGGAUGUGUGUGUCACAAAUGUGUGUGCCGAUGGUAUCAUCUACUGCCAGCUGCCCUGCAGAGGAACAGCAAAACUCGGCAAGCUACUGGAGGAAACGGGGAGUUUCUUCAUCUCCCAGAUGACUUCAGAGUUGCUGGUGUCCAGACCCUUCAGUGGCAAGUUUUGUCUAGCCCGCUACAAAGGAAUGUGGUCCAGAGUGGAGAUCGCCAACAUCUACGGAAACCGAGUGAUUGAGAUCCUCUUCAUUGACUUGGGUGUCCAAGCAACUGUAGAGGUCACUGAUCUCCGAGAGAUCCCCCCUCUUUUCCUCAAAGACUUCACCGUCAUCCCACCACUGGCAAUUAAAUGUCGCCUGGCUGACGUCACAGUACCAGAGGGAGACUGGAGCCCAGAGGCUGUCCUGUGGCUGAAGAAGGCUGUCCUGGGCUCUGAAGACUGUAAAAUGAAGAUCUUGAAAUUAGACCAGCACAAAGAGGGCCGGCUGGUCUACAUGUACCUCUUCAUCGGCGCUGACAGUCAGGAGAUGGACAAGAGCAUCAACCAUCAGCUGGCCCAGUCAGAGUUGUGGCAGAAAUUUACAACUCAGAACAACAACAAAUUAACUUGCAACAACGGCAGUGGGGAUAUAGGUCUCAGUGCUCUAAUAGAGACGUUGACUCUGGGCACCCCGGUCCCGAACACCAUCACCAAAUCCUCAACCGGACCUCUUCAAGGUGCAGAAGUCUCUACUCCAGAUAUGACGACCAAGCCCCUUGUGCUGCCUCCCCCACUGGAGUUGCCCCAGCCUGGCCAGAAUAUGGAUGUGUUUGUGCCAGUGGCCUGCCACCCUGGUUACUUUGUGGUGCAGCCAUGGCAGGACCUGCAUAAACUGGUGGUGUUGAUGGGGGAGAUGAUGCUCUAUUAUAACCAGACAUGGAACACCCCAAACAUCCAGAAUGGACAGAUCUAUGCUGCCAAAAUAGACAAGAAUUGGCACAGAGUGCAGGUGAAAGGGAUUCUGGCCAACGGGUUGGUUUCUGUGUUCGAGUUGGACUACGGAAAACAUGAGCUGCUCCAAAUUACACUCUUCAGGCCAUUGAUAGAGGAAUUCAGACAGCUGCCCUUCCAGGCCAUCACUACACAACUUGCAGGUAUGACCCAGCCCCAGUGGUCAGAGGAGGCCUCCAUGUUAUUCAGGAACCACGUGGAGAAUCGAGCGCUGGUGGCCCAGGUGUAUAGCGUGUCAGAGGUCACCUCCCAGCUGUGGCAAAGCAGGUUGACAGUUUACCUGGUGGACACUACAUACGAGGAAAAGGACCUUUGGAUUCACAGCUUGAUGGCAGACAUCAGCGGUGAGCUGUCUUCGGCAGCCUAGGAUGUCUUCUCAUGCAAGUUGGUGAAUGAACCAGCAACAGUUGUUUUCAUUUUGUAAAAAUUAUGAAAGUGCCGAGUGAACUUUGGAAGCCAAACGUCACUUUCUCCUGCCCUUGGUUGAUCUUUCUGCCAACAAAGGCAUUAAAGACGCCCCUUUUUUAUUUUAUUAUUGAGUCAUUGUCGAGGGUCACGUCGGCUUGAAAUAAAUAAGAGGUCUUUUGUUAAGUUCAUUUGCUUUCUUUAUUAAUGAGAAAUAAAGAAUAUCCCACACUCCAAAUCUUGCUCUUUCCAGUCUUCAUUGUGAAACAAACGGAACUCUAAUUCAUCAAAACGUUUAACUUAAGUCACAUGUGUGUUGCAUGCUUUGUGUUGUUCUUUUGUACUACUCUAUUCCCCCAUCUAAUGUGCUUUUGGUUUGCUGUGCAUUAUGCAUGCAAUGGUGUGGCUCACUAUGUACUUCAUUUUAUGUGUAUGUAUAUGUUUUUACAUUAAUCCAAUUUGAAUUACUUUACUGCAUUAGUAUGUUAUAUGUGAAACAUUGUUUAAACUUAUCCACGUCUUGUUUGAUAACACCCCAUGUUUCUUUACUUGAUAUGUUGUAAUAUUUUGAAUUUUUCAACAUGAGAAGCUGUUCACAAGGUUUUGUUCAAUUAAAGCAUGAAGCCAAAACAGGGUGUACUUUGACUGAAAGCUUUAAAGGUUUUUGGUUUAAAGUGUCGGGCAAUGUGAGCUGCGAUGUCGGGAUGAACUGCCAGUCAAAUUAAAAGAGCUUUUAAGUAAAGUUGAAGUCUGUCUGGUGGAGAAAGAAAAUCGUUUUUGAACGGAAAUAUUAAAAGGUUUUUAUUUUGCCGU